AUGGAUCUAAUGAAUCGAGUAUUCAAGCCUUAUCUUGACCAGUUUGUGGUUGUUUUUAUAGAUGAUAUUUUAAUAUUUUCCAGAACUUUUCUGGGACAUGUUGUAUCAACUGAAGAUGUGAAGGUGGAUCCUAGUAAAAUACAAGCUGUUGUUGAAUGGAGGCCUCCCAAAAGUCCGACCGAGAUAAGAUGUUUCUUGGGCAUAGCAGGAUACUACAGAAGAUUUGUGAAAGGCUUUUCCAUUAUCGCAUCUCCUUUGACUAAGCUCUUGCAGAAGGAAGUAAAGUUUAUUUGGGAUGACAAAUGUCAAGAGAGCUUUGAAACUCUCAAAUCCUUGUUGACUCAAGCGCCUAUACUUACUCUUCCAAUUGAAGGGAAAGAGUAUGUAGUAUACAAUGAUGCUUCUCACAAUGGUUUCGAAUGCGUUUUGAUGCAAGAAGGGAAGGUAAAGCCAAUGUGGUUGCAGAUGCCUCAAGUCGGAAAUCCUUCGCAAGCAUUUCUUUGA